AGAACAUAAAGAGCUGAUAGUUAUGUUUUGUACGAAAAGGGCUGACCUUUUCCUUUAUGACUGAAGAAUGUUUGCGCCUACGUUUUAUUUUGAAAGCUCCGUCCGGAAGAGCGUCGUUUCAUUUGAAGAAGGAGACAGUGGACACCCGCGUGGGCAUCACCCGUCGCCCUGGCCGCUCACCGGUGAGACUCCUGCUGCAGCUGCGUUGCUGAACCUGUCCAUCUCCCUGCAGACACCGUCCACUUCCGGAGCCGGGGACUGACACUUUGUUAAGUGGAGGGAAAAGUUUUUAAAAUGAACGAGAGUGCGCUCAGCGGUUUGUACGACUUCGAGCGACGCUUCGACGACAGGCGCGCUCAGGAAUGGAUGCAGGCGAACUGGACCAAGUCGUUCGUGUUCUGCGGCGUGUACGCUACGUUCGUGUUCGUCGGCCAGCACCUCAUGAGGAGUCGACCCAAGCUGAACCUGCGGCGCCCGCUGGCGCUUUGGUCGCUCAGCCUGGCCGUGUUCAGUGUGAUCGGAGCCUUUCGGACCGGAGCCUACAUGUUUCACAUCCUCACGUCCAGCGGCUUCAAGGAGUCGGUGUGCGACAACAACUUCUACAACUCUCCUCUCACCAAAUUCUGGGCGUUCGCCUUCACUCUGAGCAAAGCGCCGGAGCUCGGCGACACGGUGUUCAUCGUCCUGCGUAAGCAGCGCCUCAUCUUCCUGCACUGGUACCACCACAUCACGGUGCUGCUCUACACCUGGUACACCUACAAGGACCAGGUGGCCGGCGGCGGCUGGUUCAUGUGCAUGAACUACUCGGUGCACGCGCUCAUGUACAGCUACUACACGGCGCGGGCGGCCGGCCUGUGGGUGCCCCGGCCUCUGGCCAUGGUCGUCACCACCUGCCAGAUCCUGCAGAUGCUCAUAGGACUGCUGAUCCAGGGUCUGGUGUACCACUGGAUCCACGAGGUGCACUGUCCGUCACAGGUGGAGAACAUCAUGUGGGGGUUUCUCUUGUACCUCAGCUACCUGGUCCUGUUCGCCUUGUUUUUCUAUGACUCUUACCUCAGAGGAGGCAAAAGGGCCAAGACAGAGUAGCCGUCAGCAAAUUGUGAUUAAAUGAAUUACUAAAUAUUAUUAUUAGUAUUUCCUAAAAAGUCAAACUAUUCCUUUAAAUCUGGUUCAUUUCCACACUGGGAACACAGUAAAGGUGAUUUUGGACUUGAUGUACAGUAACUGACAAAGAGAAGUCGUCUGCCACCAUUUUCCCCCUCCAUUAACAAACAAAGCAUCUUAAAAAUGCAGAUGAGCUGCAAAUUCUUUAGAAAGGCGUCUAAGCUGAGUCAACGAAGCUCAUUAUGUCUCUAAGAUAUUCCUGAUCUGCAGAUCUGCGCGCACCACACCAGCACAUUGUUAGAUAAAAAGUGAGGAACGGACACAUUCCUCAGCUGAAAGCCUUCACACAGCGGGUUGUGUAACAUGUUCAGCACUAGAAGGCAAAGUCUCUGAUCUUCUGUCGACCGCUGGAUUUACAGGGUUUACACUGAACCCACCGCAGUCUGCAGCUCAUGCACCAGCAGUUUCCUGAUCAAUAAAUACUAUAACUAGUAUUCAGCCAACAAUGCGUUUGUAAAUAUGCACAGAAAUGUCAGUGUACCUGGAAGGACGUCAUCACUGGACGCACUGAUCCAUUUAACUUCCCCCACUCACAUUCAGCCAUUUAUGUUAAAUACUGUCGUUAAAAACUGUCAUUAAACACUGACACACCCCUGC